AUGUCCCGAUGGAGAGCUGCCCCGCCUUCGUCGAUGGAAUGCGAUCCUCCAUCGACAACAGGUCCAACCCGCUACCCACUCCGCCAUGGUGCCCCUCGUCCAUCUCCCUUUUCGCUUGCGGCCUAUCAGCUUGUCCCAUCAUCGAAUGAACACAAUUUCACAUACGGUCGGGGGAUGCACUCGCGCUCCUCGUCCUGGAGCUCAUUUCAGGUGCCCAAUCUCCAUCUCCCGCCAUCCCAUCCUUCACCAACAGCAUACACAAACUUCAUUGGCCAACGAAGUCAAUCCCCAACGCUUCCAGUUGAGUUGUACCGUCUGAUCGUCGCAUACGUCCCGUCCGCACAUGACCUUUGCACGCUUGCCCGUGUCUCGCGCUCCUUUCAAGCAGAGGCCGAGCGCGUCCUCUACCACACCCUCCAUCUACGGCACCACAUAAAGACAAUCGCACAAUGCCAACGACUCGCCGGCCAGCCCCGUCUCGCACGCUAUGUUCGCCGACUGUCCAUCAUCAUUGAUCAGUAUACGCCACUCGAAUACAUUUCCAACGCACUCGCCGCAUGUAGUAAUCUUCGCUCUUUGACUCUGCGUGGGGCACCUUGGAGCGACUACACCAAAGUACUCGACGCCGUCUGCUCGACAAGGAUCAGAGAGUUUACUUGCCAUGCACGUGGAGAGGCCGGGGUCGUAAGGUUCCUCGAGAGACAAACAGAGUUGGAACAAGUCGACUUGGAAGCCCAAUCGUUUGACUUUGAGUCGCUGUCUCCUCUAGCCGCGCGAAAACUAUGGUCGUUCACGGGCUGCUUGACGACAGCUGCAGCAAUUGUACCCAGCAGGCCCAUUCGAAGGCUCACUUUGACAAGCGACCUUGCCAAUGAUGCGACAGUGAGAGCGGUCGAAAAACUCUCGCUCGGUCUGGGAGACGUCGAGGCACUGGACAUCCGAAUGGGGGUGUUGAGGAACCCAAUGUCCUGGAGUAUACUCGAGAGUGUGUUCAUCUCCUUGCGAGGUCUCCGCUUUCUGGGCGUGUGCAGUCUGGAUUGCGCAAGACACCCUUCGUUCCCGUACUACAUCAUGGGCUUACCAAACCUUCAAACAAUUGUCUUUGGUACCGGCACAGACGACUAUGUCAAAUACGACGAACGCGUUCAGCUCGAGCUCGUCAUCAUCUCUCUUUCUGUGUGGAAGCAUGAUUGGAUAUGGACAAGGGAUAUCUCCCAUGUCGCUGAUUGGAAUUCAAUCACGGCGAAUGGGGGUACGGGUGCAAGUGAGUGGUGGGGCAUGGUGUCCCAUGAGCCGAUCAAUCUGGAAGAACUCGCAAAAUUGCACGUCGACAUACCCACUUCGCCCCCGACGCCAUGA